UAUAUCCUUUGAUAGAUGUGGCAACUGGCAACCAAUAUUUUCUUCCAUUUUUACCAUCGGGGCAAGAAACAGACAAAGAACAGGGAGUCAGGGAGAGGAAGGGGAGAGAGAGACAUGGCUAGCAGCAGCAGCAGCACUGUAAAUUUUUAUCAGCCCAGCGUCUCUCUCCCUAUCUCUUCUUCCCCAAACCACCACCAUAAGCUUCUCCAUUCGCGAUUAUCUUUUGCUGCUUCUUUCAAUUCCUGCCUCUCUUUCCGCUUGGAUCAAUCCCGGCUCGGUUCUCGUCUCAGGAAAUCCCAGUCGCCAAAUACUCCCAAUUUCGUGGUUGUAGCUUCUGCUAAAGCGGAUCCUCUGAAGGUAAUGAUAUCUGGAGCUCCAGCUUCUGGUAAAGGUACUCAAUGCGAACUCAUCAAGAAGAAAUAUGGUUUGGUGCAUAUUGCUGCUGGAGAUUUACUGAGGGCAGAAAUUGCUUCAGCAAGUGAAAAUGGGAGGCGGGCAAAGGAAUACAUGGAGAAAGGGCAAUUAGUCCCUAAUGAAAUAGUUGUUAUGAUGGUCAAGGAGCGUCUACUGCGGCCAGAUGCUCAACAAAACGGUUGGCUUUUGGAUGGAUAUCCCAGGAGCUUAUCCCAAGCUACUGCCUUGAAGGAAUUUGGGUUCCAGCCUGAUCUUUUUAUUGUUCUAGAUGUCCCUGAAGAGAUUCUUGUUGACAGGGUCGUUGGACGCAGGUCAGAUCCUGUUACUGGGAAGAUAUAUCACUUGAAGUAUUCUCCCCCAGAGACCGAAGAAAUUGCUGCCAGGCUUACCCAACGUUUUGAUGAUACUGAAGAGAAGGUGAAGUUGCGGUUACAAACUCAUAAUCAAAAUGUGGAGGCAGUACUUUCAUUGUAUGAAGACAUCACAGUCAAGGUAAAUGGAACUCUCCCCAAACAGGAUGUAUUUGCCCAAAUUGACAGCGCUCUGUCAAAACUACUCGAGGAAAGGAAGGCUAGGUCGGGAUCUCUGGCCGUAUAGGUGUACAAUCCGCCUCAGGGAUUCAAGUUGUUAACAGUUAUCAUAAAAAUUCUGCCUUACAAAACUACAACAUGGUGUGAAUUCAUCAACUUGUGUAAUAAAAUUGUUCCAACAUCUGGUCCCCUGUAUUGUACCCUAGUAGAACUUAGAUUUUGUAGUGCUGUAAAAUUCUCUCAGAUUCUUUUUGUAAGCUUGGUUACUCAUGAUGUUACUGGUAGGGUAUAAUAUUUCAAGCUUCUCGUGUAUUAAAUUCUAAAACAGCUCCUAUGUGCAAUAACUGCAUCCACUUGACUGCCU